GCUCGCCAAUGGAUUCUCUCCAAGCAUUGCAGGUGUGUGGAAACGUAGUUGGUGAUCAUGUGAACCCUAGAGAAGAGGUGGUUUCUCCUGGAAACAAAAAAAUGAUGUUCCCAUCUGAUGUUUCUUACUUGAACGUCGUGAACUCUGCAUCCAAAGGAAACCAGCACGGGAAAAAGAGUACUGUUGCUGCUAUGAUAAAUAACCAACAGUCUUGUACUAAAGAUCAUGUAAUGGCGGAGAGGAAGAGAAGACAGAAGCUUAACCAGAGGUUUAUUGCUUUAUCUGCUGUAGUUCCAGGCUUGAAAAAGAUGGACAAAGCUUCAGUUCUUGGAGAUGCUAUAAAGUACUUGAAACAGCUUCAAGAAAAAGCGAAAACACUUGAGGAACAGACUACAAAGAAAACAGUAGAAUCAGUAAUCUUUCUAAAGAAAACUCAAAUUUAUGCUGAUGAUAAGAAUUCAUCUUCCUCAAACGAAAACUCCGUUGCUGGAUCCACCUAUGAUGAGCCACUACCUGAGAUAGAAGCAAGAGUUUCGCACAACAAUGUUUUGAUAAGAAUUCACUGUGAAAAACACAACGGAGUGUUUGCUAAAGUACUUUCACAGAUUGAGAAACUUCAUCUAUCUGUUAUCAAUUCAAAUGCCAUCCCUUUCGACGAUUCAUCUCUUGCUAUAACCAUAGCAGCACAGAUGAAUGCUGAAUAUAGCAUGACAGUGAAGGAUCUUGUUAAGAGCCUGCGGUCAGUUGUUUAAGAGAUCAAUAUGUGAAAGCAACGAAGAAUUAGUAUCAGACUCUAGUUUAGUUUCUGUUCAUGUCAACGUUACGUAGAAAUAUCUCAUCACUACUUUUUUGGCGUCCUCUCUUGAUGAUAUCGCAUUAUCUUCAAAAGGCUAGCCUUCCUGUAAUUAGAUCCUCAUCUCCUCUCUUCUAAGCCCCAUACAUGUGAUAUCCACCGUUCUAUCUCCCAACACCUUCAUAUGGAACCGGUGCUUCUAGCUUUGCCUGUCAGGCCUUAGUUUUUUCAUGCAUGAGGGUUUUUCUUUACAAUGUUUUUGUGUGGUUGUAUAUGAUUUACAUACUAACCAUGUUUCAUCACCUUCCUGUUCUUAAAACAAACCCUUAAUGGCUUGUAGCAUCUUUCUGUGAGUUUGGAAUCUUCCGAUUUUUUCAAACAAGUAGGGUCUCUUUCACUAUGUAUCGCGUUUAUUGCUUACAGAAAAAACAAAACUGCUUACAGCAAAAAAAACAAAAGAAAAUAGGCUGAAUUAG